AUGGGAAUUACCCGCUUUUUAUUUCAUUCUGGUACUCCCUCUCCCCCCUCUCUCUUUCUUUCUCUCUCUCUUUUUAUCCAUCUAUCUAUCUAUCUAUCUAUCUAUCUAUCUCUGUUUGUAUCUAAUUGCCAUUUUGAAAAUCUCGGCUGGUUUCAUCUAUCUAUCUAUCUAUCUAUCUAUCUAUCUAUCUAUCUCUAUUUUGAAAAUCUGUUGGUUUCUAUCUAUCUAUCUAUCUAUCUUUCUAUCUAUCUAUCUAUCUAUCUAUCUAUCUAUCUCUGUUUGUAUCUAAUUGCCAUUUUUAAAAUCUGCUGGUUUUUCUAUCUAUCUAUCUUCUAUCUAUCUAUCUAUCUAUCUAUCUAUCUAUCUAUCUAUCUCUGUUUGUAUCUAAUUGCCGUAAUGUAUCUUUUUAUAUGCCUUUAUUUUAUCCCUCAUUUUCUCUUUUCCCACUCAAAUAUAGUGCUAUUCUGUUUUCAACACAUUCAUUAUAAACAGAUUUUGAAAAUCUGUUAUUUCUAUCUAUCUAUCUAUCUAUCUAUCUAUCUAUCUAUCUAUCUAUCUAUCUCUGUUUAUUUUGAAAAUCUGCUGGUUUCUAUCUAUCUAUCUAUCUAUCUAUCUAUCUAUCUAUCUAUCUAUCUAUCUAUCUAUCUCUGUUUGUAUCUAAUUGCCAUUUUGAAAAUCUGCUGGUUUCUAUCUAUCUAUCUAUCUAUCUAUCUAUCUAUCUAUCUAUCUAUCUAUCUCUGUUUGUAUCUAAUUGCCAUUUUGAAAAUCUGCUGGUUUCUAUCUAUCUAUCUAUCUAUCUAUCUAUCUAUCUAUCUAUCUAUCUCUGUUUAUUUUGAAAAUCUGCUGGUUUCUAUCUAUCUAUCUAUCUAUCUAUCUAUCUAUCUUUCUAUCCUCUAUCUAUCUCUGUUUGUAUCUAAUUGCCGUAAUGUUUUUUUUAUAUGCCUUUAUUUUAUCCCUCAUUUUCUCUUUUCCCACUCAAAUAUAGUGCUAUUCUGUUUUCAACACAUUCAUUAUAAACAGAUUUUGAAAAUCUGCUGGUUUCUAUCUAUCUAUCUAUCUAUCUAUCUAUCUAUCUAUCUAUCUAUCUAUCUAUCUCUGUUUAUUUUGAAAAUCUGCUGGUUUCUAUCUAUCUAUCUAUCUAUCUAUCUAUCUAUCUAUCUAUCUAUCUAUCUAUCUAUCUAUCUCUGUUUGUAUCUAAUUGCCAUUUUGAAAAUCUGCUGGUUUCUAUCUAUCUAUCUAUCUAUCUAUCUAUCUAUCUAUCUAUCUAUCUAUCUAUCUUAUUUUAUCUGUUUGUAUCUAAUUGCCUAUUUUGAAAAUCUGCUGGUUUCUAUCUAUCUAUCUAUCUAUCUAUCUAUCUAUCUAUCUAUCUUAUCUAUCUAUCUCUGUUUGUAUCUAAUUGCCAUUUUGAAAAUCUGCUGGUUUCUAUCUAUCUAUCUAUCUAUCAUAUCUAUCUAUCUAUCUAUCUAUCUAUCUAUCUAUCUAUCUCUGUUUGUAUCUAAUUGCCACAUAUGCCUUUAUUUUAUCCCUCAUUUUCUCUUUUUCCCACUCAAAUAUAAUUUUGAAAAUCUGCUGGUUUCUAUCUAUCUAUCUAUCUAUCUAUCUAUCUAUCUAUCUAUCUAUCUCUAUUUUGAAAAUCUGUUGGUUUCUAUCUAUCUAUCUAUCUAUCUAUCUAUCUAUCUAUCUAUCUAUCUCUGUUUGUAUCUAAUUGCCAUUUUGAAAAUCUGCUGGUUUCUAUCUAUCUAUCUAUCUAUCUAUCUAUCUAUCUAUCUAUCUAUCUAUCUCUGUUUGUAUCUAAUUGCCGUAAUGUUCUUUUAUAUGCCUUUAUUUUAUCCCUCAUUUUCUCUUUUCCCACUCAAAUAUAAUUUUGAAAAUCUGCUGGUUUCUAUCUAUCUAUCUAUCUAUCUAUCUAUCUAUCUAUCUAUCUAUCUCUGUUUGUAUCUAAUUGCCAUUUUGAAAAUCUGCUGGUUUCUAUCUAUCUAUCUAUAUCUAUCUAUCUAUCUAUCUAUCUAUCUAUCUAUCUAUCUCUGUUUGUAUCUAAUUGCCGUAAUGUUCUUUUAUAUGCCUUUAUUUUAUCCCUCAUUUUCUCUUUUCCCACUCAAAUAUAGUGCUAUUCUGUUUUUUCAACACAUUCAUUAUAAACAGAUUUUGAAAAUCUGCUGGUUUCUAUCUAUCUAUCUAUCUAUCUAUCUAUCUAUCUAUCUAUCUAUCUAUCUCUGUUUGUAUCUAAUUGCCAUUUUGAAAAUCUGCUGGUUUCUAUCUAUCUAUCUAUCUAUCUAUCUAUCUAUCUAUCUAUCUAUCUAUCUAUCUCUGUUUGUAUCUAAUUGCCGUAAUGUUCUUUUAUAUGCCUUUAUUUUAUCCCUCAUUUUCUCUUUUCCCAUCUCAAAUAUAGUGCUAUUCUGUUUUCAACACAUUCAUUAUAAACAGAUUUUGAAAAUCUGCUGGUUUCUAUCUAUCUAUCUAUCUAUCUAUCUAUCUAUCUAUCUAUCUAUCUAUCUAUCUA